AUGCAGUCCGAAUCCCGCGGGUGUGAAGAGGAGGUCCCUUCCCUCAGCUGGGGAUUGGAUCCUGUGUUUCUAGCCUUUGCAAAACUCUACGUCAGAGAUAUCCUGGACUUGAAGGAGUCCCAGCAGGUGCCAGGUAUAUUUUUUUAUAAUGGACAUCCAGUAAAACAGGUAGAUAUCUUGGGAACUGUAAUUGGAGUGAGAGAAAGAGAUGCUUUCUACAGUUACGGAGUGGAUGAUAGCACUGGAGUUAUAAACUGCAUCUGCUGGAAAAAGAGCACCCAAACAGCUACAACUGCUCCAAGGGCAGCAAGAGAUACAAGCUUAACUUUACAGCUUAAGAAGUUGCAGGAAACCAUUGAGCAGAGAAAAAAAAUAGAAAUUGGGGACAUUAUCCGAAUCAGAGGCUAUGUCCGCACGUACAGAGAAGAGCGAGAAAUUCAUGCCACUGCGUACUAUAAAGUGGACGAUCCAGUGUGGAGCAUUCAGAUUUCAAGGAUGCUUGAGCUGCCCAUUAUCUACAGGAAAGUCUAUGACCAACCUUUCCACAACCCUACCCUAGAGAAAGAAGAAGCACUAAGCAAUCCAGGCACCCUGGACCUCACCAGCCUCACGUGCUUGCUGAGUGAAAAAACCAAAGAAUUCCUCAUGGAUAACAGAGUGCAAACCUUUUACCCGCAGGAGUUAGAAAUGGAGGAGUCUUUGAUGGCCCUUGCCAAUCAGCCUGUGAUUGACAGCUCCUGCUUGGACCAAGUGGAUUUUAAGAAUGACACCACUUCUAAGGCAAUCCAUGGUAUAUUUAAGAACGCUAUACAGCUGCUUCAGGAAAAGGGACUCGUUUUCCAGAAAGAAGGUGGUUUUGAUAAUCUAUACUAUGUAACCAGAGAGGACAAAGAACUGCACAGAGAGAUCCACCGUAUCAUUCAAGAAGACUGUAAGAAACCAAAUCAUGCCGAGAAGGGCUGCCACUUCCUGCACAUCUUGGCCUGUGCUCGCCUGAGCCUCAGCCCAGGUCUGAGCGAAGCCGUGCUGCAGCAGGUGCUGGAGCUCCUGGAGGACCAGAGUGACAUCGUCAGCACCAUGGAGCGCUACUACGUGGCCUUCUGA